CAUCACUCGCUCGUCCGCCGCCGUGCCGAGCAGUUCUGAUAUCAAAAUUUCCUCCGUGUUUCGUUUCACGUUGUGCGAUCUGGUGUUAUUUGUGGUUAUGUGUUGUGGUGUUGAUAUUUGAGGAAGAUAUCACUUUUUGUCGUGGGGUUGAUAUUUCGAGAGUUCCUGGACCAAGGGACUCAAGUUGGAAAAACACGUGUUAUGAAAUAGAGAAAAGCUGUGCGAGAUUUGGAGUGUACAACUGUUUGAGGCGUACAAUCAUAUUGAGUGUAUGGUAAUUGAAGCACACGAAAAUUGGAGUGUAGAAUAGUUCAAGAGUACAAUCACUGAAGUUAGACAAGUAUUGAACUGCAAGAAGAUUGUAGAUUAGGAAGAAGUAACGCCGAUACAAAAUUGAAGUUUAUAAUGAAUUAUAAAUUAGAUUGUUUACGAUAUACUGAACCCCAGAUGACCUAGAAGUAUUGAUUACAAAAAAUUAAGGAAACGAGGAUUGCUGAAAAAUCAGGCCCAGAUUUUGAUUUUCAUGAUCCAGAAGUAAGCUGGGAUCGGGAAUAGUAUAUUUAUUAAUAAUAAUCGCGAAGGCAAGAGGAAGUUAGUGAGAAGUGUCGGUGCUCGAAGGAAGUGUUUAUUUGUUUCACCCUUUUCCUUGGAUCACUUUUUUGAUGAAGGAGCAAGCCCACGUAUGCCGCUAAUUAAGAAAAAGUUGCAAAAACGGUGGAAGGGGGGGCCCGCGACUCAGUCGGGGCAGUAGAAGCCUACAAGUCCGUUUUCUUCAAAACCAGUCAGCGGUGGGCUCUCGAGGCUCACCCGAUCAUCAGGCAAGCUGGCGAGCGCUUUAGCUGCUGGUAUGAACCCCUACACCCACCACCCGUCUCUUUCGGGGAGUCCUCAUCACGCUCCUGGUGGGCCUCACCAUGGAUACUCAACGGGUGGAGGUGGCGGAGGCAAUGGCACUACCACUACACCGGACCCAAGUCCUCAUUCACCCCCUUAUGGUAACCAACCUGACUCUGGUGCCCCAUACACGUCCUUGCAGAGUGGUCAGGGCAUGGGCAGCAAUGGACACCAUCAUGGGCCUGGAAACAUGAUGGGGGAUCAGCCUCAUCAUCAGGGUCAUUCACACCCUCACUUGUCUGGACAUCUGCCCUACCCUCCAGUGAAUCACAACAACAAUUGCACCUUGAAACAUGAAGGAGGACCUGGUGGACCAACAGGCAAUCUACAAUGUGCUGGAUGCGGUGGCAGAAUCAAUGAAAGGUGGUUCUUGCAGGCUCUGGAUCGCUACUGGCACAAUGCUUGUCUCAAAUGUACGUCAUGUGGAUCCCUCUUGGCGGACAUUGGUCCCACCUGUUACGCCAAAAAUCAAAUGAUUCUCUGCAAAAACGACUACACAAGGUUAUUUGGCAGUUCUGGUUCUUGUGCGGGAUGUGGUCAGACGAUACCACCCUCGGAUUUCGUAACGAGAACAGGGGGAUCUGUCUUUCAUAUGAAGUGUUUCCAGUGUAGCAAAUGUGGCGCGCAGCUUAAUCCAGGAGCUAGGUAUUAUUUAGUAUCUGGCGCCCCAGUAUGCGAGGAAGACUGGCAAAAAUUAGUGAAAUCGUCGACCCUGGUGGUUGGAGCAGCAGCAGGCAACGGUGGCGCCCCCGUGCGGAAAGGCAAGGUGGGACGACCGAGAAGGAGUCGCGAAUGAGGGGGCAACCCGGUCGGUCGCCCGAAAAAGGUGCAGCCGUCUCCUCAGCCGACGCCUGUCGUCGCGGCGCUACAGCCGCAGGUCGACCUUGUGGACGUCGGCGUAGGAGCGGAUCCCUAUUCGCCGCCUCCGCCGGGUCAUCAGCACUACCACCAUCACCACCAUCCCCAUCAGGUGGGCCUAAUUCCUACCGGAAUGCCAGGCCACUCUCAGCAACACCCGUCAGCCUAUCAGGAUUGGUCGUGGCCGCCCGAUUCCUGUGACUGAGUGAUUUUCGACAUGGACGAUCGGCAGUUUUAGUGAUCGCGAGAAAACAAAAAAAAAUCGAUUCUUAUCGAGAAAAAAGUCGAUUGUAUCAUACGCGAAUUGAGAAUUCGAGAGAUAAAUCGCCAGUUGUCGCGAAUCAUCGAUUGACUUGAAUUGAGAAUAAUCAAUACCUGCAAUCGAAAAACAAUCGAUAUCCGCGACCGCGAAAAGAUUGAUGCUCUCAAUCGAUGAUGCAUCGACUGGUCGAAAAUCGUGUGCUGGUUCACGCGCAGGACGAUCUUCAAUUGUCUUGUACCUGUCGGCAGAGAGUGCAUCAAAUUUCGGAGAAAGUGGUGUGCCCAAUAGAGGUUCUGGGGGGGAGUGGUAAAUCAGGUUCGAACCUGUUUGGAGGUAGAGACUCGCGCAUUGACGCGAUAAUGAAGGAUUCUCCGAGAAAGCGAAAUCUUUGCAUUGCUUACGAAGUUCUUGCCAUUCAUGAAUUGAAAGAUGCUCCUGAUUGCCUGUACGAAUUGACCCUCACGAGAGUGUGAUUCUCCAAAUGAGGAACUUGGUGAUGAUUGUAAAAUUAAUUGAUAAUUGUGGUCUUGCUGAUGUAUAGAGAGCGGAUUACAGUCUGUGAAGGUAGCUGCCGUCGGCCCUUCAUAAAUGCGACGCGCAUCAAUGUGCGUCGCUAGCGCCCAGACGCGCGUCACUAGGCCUCUUCAAAGUGACUCUAGUCCGCUCCCUGUUGAUGUAAUUAAAAAAUUUAAUAUCCUGAUCGUGCUUGCUCACAAUCAGAUAAGGCUGAACUUGUGAUCUAUCGGAUUUGAUGAUUUGUAUAAUUUGAAAAAUUUUGUUGAUUGAAGACUUUUUUUUAAAUUGAAUUAUAUUUAAAGGAUAAAAAACCUAAUGUGAUCUACCUGGAUUCGAUGAUUACGAUCUGAUGCUUCGAGUUUUUGUUGAAAUUUCUAUAUUCAAUAUUUUAAAUCUUUCCAGGAAGUCUUCAAUCUUUUUCGAUGUAAACUAUUGCUCAACUGUAGAAAGGAAUUUGAUUAUCAAAUUUUCGAAUGCUCAUGCCUAAUAGACUUCUAAAGUUAAACAGUUUCCAAAUUUUAUUUCUUUGAUAAUAAAAAAAAAGAAGAAAAAGAAUGAUGUUCUGAUAUUUGUCUUUUCUGUGGCUAACGAGUACAGCAAUUUAAAAUGAGGGAGGAAGAAGGAUAAAAAACGGAAAGAAAACAAAACGUCGUGGUGAUACGGUAGCUCAAAUCGACUCUUAGAAAAUUAUUUUUCUUUCAAAAUUAUCGGGCCUUUCGCUUCGUCGAGCGGCUGGGACGACUAAGUUCGUUAAGCGUCCCUUGUUUCCGCGUCAAGCUACCAUUAACGGUCCCUUUUUCACCGUAAAAUCUAUACAUCGCGGUUCGUUCUCAUUUAUUUUUCACCCUACCUGAAACUCAUAAACGAAGAAAUUGUCGCUCCUUAAUUUCGCCAUUUUUUGUUUCCUUCUUAUUCCCCUGAUUUUUGGCCGAGCAAUACAAUUAUGAAAAAUCCUUCAAGCUGGACAAGAAUUAGAAUAAAGAUAAAAACAAAAAAAUUUCACUGAAAAUGGAUUUUCUAUUAGAAAAAAAUUUCAGGGAGGAAAUUACUGUAAGGGACGAGUAAUUUAAAUUCAGCAAAAAAGGGAAAGAUUUUCAAGACAGGGUUUCGAGCAUCCACAAUAAAUGUAAUAUAAAUGUAUAAUCUUAAAAAAGUCAUGAUAUAUCUACCACGCUCAAGGCCAGUGCCGUUUUUUUGUUGGGUAAAUUCAAACAAAAAAAAACACAACUUAAAAUUAUUAGCAUAUUAAAUAAAUUGACGCAAAAAUCAAGGAAGAAAAAAUAGACGUUUUAAUUGAAAUACGGUAGUGGCCUGGGCAUUUCGAAGCUCAAUUAACAAAAAAAUUGAAUGUAAACUGUAUCAUACAAUCGAUCGUUUCUCGUUUACUCGUUCCGUUCAUUAGUAACAAAUUUUUUCCUCAAAUACUCUAUAUGUAACGUGGCAUUGAAGAAAAUUGCAUCUUAGAUGAGGUCGGAUUUUUUCUCUCCAUUUUAAUGAAAGAAGCAGCAUUCCCCACAAAGUUUUAAAAAAAUGCCUGUGUAAAUAAAUCCGAUAAAAUGGCUGAAAAGCAGGUACAAUUUUUUUCAAGGUCACAUUUGAGGAGGUCAGAAAUUCGAGUCAGCGCCAUCUUUUCGCCAAAUGACAACAGUGCCAUUCUUUAAAUUGGAAAAAGUCGAUUUUUAAAAUCAAGUUUAGUCAUUGGUAGAAAAAAAGUUGGGGGCCAUUGCAACUCAAUUUCAGGCCCCUUUUGUCUUGAACUUAAUUAAAAAAUAUAUAAAUAAAUAAAAGGAAAGACAAGAGUCAGCUUAUUGUAACGAAAAAGAGCAGAGAUCUUCUAAGCCUGAAUUUUCGAUUUCAAUUUUGUUGGCAGAUGCGAUUUUAUUAAAUUUAAUUUUAAAUUUUGAAUGAAAAAAGCGUCGAUCUCUGCGAUGACGAAGAGAGUGGGUGGAUGAUGUAAUUUAAACUUGUAUAUAGGGAACAUUUUGUAUAUUGUUAAAAAAUUUGUGUGAUAUAAAUGGUUAUUUACUGUAUUAAUGAUGUUGAGAUGAGGCAUUUUUUGUGAAAAAUUAUUCAAAUUUGGUCAAUAAUUACCAAUCUCAAAUUUGAGUAAUUCUGCAGAUAAAAUGGUGAGGGACGUUUUGGACAAAUGACUACAGAUUCGAAAACAUGAGAAAUAAUUUUAAAUGUUCAGUCUUGUUAGUAGAAAAUUAUUUAAUAUUUUAAAUAACUAGAUUUUUUAAAAUAAUGACAUUUCCUUUGUUCACUAUUUUGCUUCAGAAAUGGAAAUAUUUUAUCGAGAAAUAUUUAUAAUUGAAAAAUGGAGAUUGUUUCCGUCUGUGGUAUUUGGACUUGACGUUUGGGCGAACGCGUGAUUUUUCGCGUUUAGUUAAUUUUGUUAUUUGAUUUAUCUCGACUUAUGAAGCCUCAACCGGCUACUUCCGGUUACUCACAGGCUCUUGUAAAAUAGUACGCCACCACACGACACACGCACACGAACACGUUUAUUAAUUAAUAAAACGAAUACAAGUUUUUAGAAAAUGAA